CGCAACCGCGCUCGGCCAGAUGUCGACGCAGGCGAGUCGCGCGAGCGGGUCGUGGAGCGCGUCGCCGCUGCACCAGCGCCAACGCACGGUGGGCCCGCCGGCCUCCGACGGCACCGCCCAGUUCGAGAUCCGCUCCGCGCCCUUCCUCGCCAAGGGCCUCGGCCCGGCGCUGGCGGCGGAGCACUCUGGCCUGCGCUGGGCGGGCAACGCGUCGCUGCACUUCGACCCGGUGGCGGACUGGCCGUCGGUGGAGCGGGCCGCCCCGCUCGGGCAGCUGCCGCUCCUCACGGUGCCGGGCGAGUCGGGGUGGGCCACUUCGCCCUUUGCGCGCGCGGGCGACGAGAGCGGCGUCCAGAUCGCGCUGCCGGCGGCGAUUGUCAACUACAUUGGCAAGGUGAGCGGCCUCGAGGGCGGCUCCGCCGAGGCGUUUGGCCUCUCGCAGCAGCUGCUGGCGGAGGGGGAGGAGCUUCUCGGCCUCGCGGCCAGACACCUCCCCACGCCGCACGCGCGGCUCUCCGACCCGCAGAGCGGGGUGCACACCGCCAAGGGGACCGCCGCCGAGUAUGCUCGCUUCUGGGCGACGCUGCUGCCGCCGCACAUUGGCCGCCUCGCCCGUCUCUGCCGCGGAGGCUCCUUCCAGCCGCCGCCGACCACCACGCCGCUCGCCGGGGAGCUGCACCUGUGGGCGGUGCUCUACCAGCUGCAGCUCAUCGAGCGGAACCUGUUCGCGUCGUACGAGGAGCUCGCCGCCUGGUUCGACCGCGUGCGCACCGCGCCCGCCACGCAGCGCGUCAUCUCCGGCAGCAGCCCGAUGGGCGAGCUCGCGCCGUACUUCCUGCCGCUCGAGUCGGCCGACAUCUGCACGCUCGCGGACGAGCGAUUCUGAGCUUGGCCGCAGCGCAAGCAACGGCGUGUGCUGGCGCAGGGCGCGCGCGCCGCGGUGCGGCCCCCUCCCGAGCGUUUGCCCCCACAAUCGCGCGAUAUUCUUUCCCGUGUCGUCUUUUGUGUGCGAGGACUAGAAGUCCCGCGGGACCGACUUCGACUUCGUUGAAUGUGCCACUGUGAGUGUGUGCGCGGGCGCCUCGAGAAAGUCAAAGUGCUGACCUGUGCGUGUUGAAUGCUGUUGUCUACUGCUGAGUUUCACGCCGUUAUCUACAACAAGAAACG